CAGCUCCCUUGGUCCUUCUGCUCUCCUCGACUCCACUUGGAAGAACCGGCCAUGUCUCGGCAGUCUGUCUGCAGAAGCUUUGGAGGCGGGAGCAGAAGGGGCUACAGCUCUUGCUCUGCCAUCGGUGGUGGCUUUGGAGGAUGUGGGGGCAGAAGCAGGAUCAGCUAUAGCUCGUUCUCCACAUCCAGGGGAUUUGGAGGCAAUGGACGUUGUGCAGAUUUUAGCAGCAGGAGCCUCCAUAACAUGGGUGGCAGCAGAAGAAUUGCUGUGGGUGGAUGCUACGGUGGUGGAGGAUACGGAGAGAAUGGAUAUGGAUGUAGAAUUGGUGGCUUUGGUGGAGGCUUUGGAGGAGGAUUUGGCGGCAUUGGAGGAGGUAUCAUUGGUGGAGGAAUAGGUGGCUUUGGUGGUCCUGUGAGAGGUGGUCCUGGGUUCCCUGGAGGCAUCCAGCCGGUGCAGGUUGACUCAAGCCUCCUGCGGCCGGUCCAUGUUGAGAUCGAUCCCCAAAUCCAGCAAGUGAAAAACCAGGAGAAGGAGCAGAUCAAGACUCUUAACAAUCAGUUUGCCUCCUUCAUUGACAAGGUGAGAGGCUGGAACUGUAUUUGCUUGGGGAUGGGGACUCUGAGGAGCUUUCCUGUGCUGUGGAGAGGGGAAUACUGUCCUUCACAGCUCCGUGUGGGCAGCUCUGGAAGGCUGGUGGUGCUUGCACUGAGUCCUGAGGCAAUGUAAUAACCUUCCAUCCACAGAGAAACCAAAGGACUUUCUCUGGGUUUGGUUGAUCCAACCUCUUGCUUUGCUUUUCUCUUGUGUUCUUUGAGGCCAAAGUGGUCGUGAUACACUCAGUUAUCCUUUAAGUUCAUGCUUUUCAAGGGUUUGUUCUUCUUGAGGGACUCGGGAAUGUCAGGAAGGGCUUUGAGUUCAUUCCUGGCUGUUCUUUACUUCGGUUCAAGUACAGUUGAGUACUCUUUAUUGUUCCUGCACUGAGAGAAUGUUGGUUGAGAACAUGCUUCAGAGUUGUUUCAAUGCAUGACAUGAAUACUGAAUUCCUCUCGUAUCUGCUAAGAGGAGGAAUGUUUUCCACUAUUGAGAUCCUGAUGUGGGAUUUCUUUCACUGGAAGGUAAAAGUGAUGAUCUGAUGCUUCCGGAAAUGAAUUCCAGAUCAGAAUUUGCAAUUGGAAAUGACAAAACUGUAAUACUGGAAUGUGAUGUUCCCAUAGAGAA